AUGUCUCUGUCGGCUCUUCUCAGCGCCUCCCUUCGGCCGAAGAAUGUGUGCUCACAUCGACGGACCUUCCGAUCAUCCGCAAUCACGUACAAGGCCCUCGCCUUCUCUCUGAACAACGUCGCGUCGAGCGUGGUGAAGCCUGAGCCCACCGCUGACCAUGGCGAGGGCAAGGUGUUGCGGAUGCUCAUGUUCGGCAAGCCCGGGGCGGGCAAGGGCACGCUGUCGGGACGCCUGGUGCAGAAGUAUGAUAUCUUGUCUCUGUCGACGGGAGACCUACUUCGACAGCAUAUUGCUGAGCGGACGGAGGUUGGGUUGAUGGCGGAGGAGACCGUCGCUUCUGGUGGACUGUUGCAAGAUGAUAUCAUGCUGAAGGUCGUUUCAAGCAAGCUGGACUUGCUUUACAAUAAGCACUGGCUCCUUGACGGCUUUCCCCGUACCCUCGGACAGGGCAAACUAUUCGAUGACCACCUGAGACGGCAAGGAACACCUCUGAGCCUGAUCGUCAAUUUGGACGUCGCCGACGAAGUGAUCCUGAGCCGGAUAUCAGAUCGCUGGGUUCAUCUACCGUCCGGCCGUGUCUACAACUUGUCGUAUAAUUCACCCAAGGUCCCCGGCCUCGAUGACGUGACUGGCGAACCUCUCACCAAGCGACCUGAUGACAACCCGGCGGUAUUUGCUCAUCGAUUGGAGAAAUUCUACAAAUCAACAUCACCCUUGUUGGAUUACUACCGCGCUGAAGCUCCCUUCUCUGGAGUGAAACUGGUGACACUGUCUGGUUCAACAUCAGAUGAAAUAUGGCCACAGCUCGAAAGUGUCAUCCGUGCCCAUUUUCCACACGUAAAGGAGCGUGCGGAGAGCAGAGAACAGAAAAGGCGGACGAGCCUCAGUGAGGCUGUCAUUGCUAGGAAGGAGAACGUCCCGAGUCCGCGGGAGGAGGCUUCAGCGGGAAAGCUGAAGCACUGA